UUGUUUGUUCGUCCAAAACUUUUUUUAAUCCAGUUGAAGACGUCAAUGGAACUGUUGAAGAUGACAUCCUGGAUGCGACGAAAUGCUUAUGUUUUUAUGAUCUGUUCAGCGGCCGCCUUGUGCCAAGCCGCCCCAGGCUUACUGGACCUGUCCCCAGCUCCGUUGGCGUUGGCCCAUGCCCCUGUGGCGGUAGCCCAUGCACCUCUGGCGGUAGCCCAUGCACCCAUUGCCGUAGCUCACGCUCCCCUAGCGGUGCCUGCUGAACCCUACAACCCCCAUCCCCAGUACAACUUCCAAUACGGAGUCCAGGACGCAAGCACCGGCGAUAUCAAGGAGCAGAAGGAGAUCCGCGACGGAGACGUGGUCAAAGGUAGUUACAGCCUGGUGGAACCCGACGGUUCGAAAAGAAUUGUCGACUACACGGCGGACCCAGUAAACGGUUUCAAUGCCCUCGUGCGCAAAGAACCGCUGGCUCAUGCGGUCGCUCAUGCGCCGCUGGCCGUUGCGCAUAGCCCCAUCGCAGUUGCGCAUGCUCCGGUCGCCGUUGCCCACGCCCCCGUUGCUGUAGCUCACGCGCCGCUGAUCGCACACGCACCCAUUGUCGCGCAUGCACCACUUUUGACCAACAUCUUGCACUGAUUUGGGCAGACGUUCAUGUUCAACGCAUAUUUAUCCAUUUGUAUAUAAUGUGUCAUUUUUUGUAUCCACUUUUCUAAUAUUCUUUUAUAUGAAUAAACAUUUUGUAUUCUAAAUCUGAUGUUUAAUUUGCCACCCCUUUUAGAUUUAAAGUUACAUAAAGAAUUAGA